UCUGAUCAAUCACAAAGAGAGAGUGAAGGACAGAGACAGAUAACUCUGAACUUCUAAACAUUAAAUACAGUGAGCAUUUUAAGCACAACAAGAAAUGAAGCUGCAAGAGAAUUGGUAUCCAGUACUUCAGAAUGGAUAGUAAUGGAAAUGAUCAACAACAAGAGGGAGCUUUUAUUAAGAAUGUUAGCAAAAAGAAAUAUGUUAUUGCCUGUGCUAUCUUUGCUUCUCUAAAUUCUGUCCUCCUCGGCUAUGCGUCUCCUAAUCACUCUGCAGAUGUGGGUGUAAUGUCUGGAGCAAUUAUAUUUAUGAAGGAAGAUCUAAAGAUGAGUGAGGUGCAACAAGAAGUUCUUGUUGGAAUUUUGAGUAUAAUUUCACUUUUGGGUAGUUUAGCCGGGGGCAAAACAUCAGAUGUCCUUGGUAGGAAAUGGACAAUAGCCCUUGCAGCCAUUGUCUUUCAGUCAGGUGCAGCUAUAAUGGCUCUUGCCCCUUCUUUUACAGUACUAAUGAUAGGCAGGGUCUUGGCUGGUGUGGGGAUAGGAUUUGGGGUGAUGAUCGCGCCUGUAUACAUAGCUGAGAUCUCACCCUCCGUUGCUAGAGGAUCACUCACCUCCUUUCCUGAGAUCUUUAUAAAUUUUGGAAUUUUACUCGGAUAUAUCUCGAAUUUUGCUUUUUCUGGACUACCAGUACAUAUAAACUGGAGGAUCAUGCUUGGUGCGGGGAUCCUUCCUUCAAUCUUUAUGGGAUGUGCCCUGUUUGUGAUCCCUGAAUCCCCAAGGUGGUUGGUGAUGCAGCAAAGGGUUGAUGAAGCAAGAGUAGUGCUUUCAAAGACAAAUGAAAGCGAAAGAGAAGUGGAGGAGAGAUUGGCUGAAAUACAAGAAGCUGCUGGGAUUGCUAACGCAAAGAAUUACGAAGGGAAGGCUGUGUGGCGGGAAAUGAUAAAUUCUACUCCUGCAGUUAAAAGAAUGUUGAUUACAGGUUGUGGAAUCCAAUGCUUCCAACAGAUUACAGGUAUUGAUGCAACUGUGUAUUACAGCCCCACUAUCUUUAAAAAUGCUGGGAUUAAGACCGAUUCUGAGCUUCUUGCUGCAACUGUUGCUGUUGGGUUUACCAAAACUAUGUUCAUCUUGUUAGCUAUAAUUCUUAUUGACAAAGUGGGUAGAAAACCUUUGCUUUAUGUAAGCACAAUUGGAAUGACAAUUUGCUUACUUGGCCUAAGCCUCACUCUAACAUUUAUGGGGAAUGGACAGCUUGGGAUUGGAUUGGCAAUUCUAUCAGUUUGUGGCAAUGUAGCUUUCUUCUCUAUAGGAAUUGGUCCCAUUUGUUGGGUUUUAUCAUCUGAAGUUUUCCCUCUAAGGCUACGAGCACAAGCUUCUGCUCUGGGGGCAGUGGGGAGUAGGGUCAGUAGUGGAGUAAUUGCAAUGACCUUCCUUUCUGUGUCUCAUGCAAUUACAGUGGGUGGAACAUUCUGUGUCUUUGCUCUGAUUUCAGCUCUGUCUGUUGCUUUUGUCUAUGAAUGUGUCCCAGAAACGAAAUGGAAAUCUUUGGAGCAAAUUGAAAUGCUCUUUCAAAAUGAGGGAAACCGGCAUGGGGAGGUGCAAGUAGGUGUGGAGCAACCAGUGCUGAGAUAAAACUGAGCGGGCCUCUAAUUAUGAAACUUAAAACUGGUCCUCAGUGGGAAUCAUUUGCAUCUACUGGAAAGCAUCGAGAAAUCGCAUAAUAAACUGGUAUAGUCCUACAACUCCAGAACCACGAAAAUAAAAUCUUGUUAUCAGGAAUUUCAUUUGUUCUUGUUGGAAAUGUGAUUGAAAGUCAUUUGCUUCCUCAUUAUGAAUCUUUUACUGUUGAAGCCAAUUACUGGAGAGUGCGAUUGACAUCUUCCCUUUCCAUGUCUGUAUCUUAAACAUAUCCAGGUGACUGUUAAGAACAGCACAUAUAUGUACAAAAUUAAAC